AUGGUGAGUCCCCGCGUCGCCGCUGCUCUGUGCAUUUCUGCGCACGGUCGCCCGCUUUACGCGCCUGAGCCGAGCCUCCUCCGCCACCGCGCUCGGAGCGGCGCGGCCUCCUCGCUGGCGGGCAGCAGAAGAGGAUACGCGGUUGAGUUCGAUGUCGACGCGAGCUGCAUUCGAAACGUAGGGAUCAUCGCGCACGUGGACGCGGGAAAGACGACGACAUCGGAGAGGAUGUUGUUUUAUUCCGGAGAAUCAAGUUUUUUGGGGGACGUGGACAAGGGAGACACGAUGCUGGAUUAUUUGAAGAUAGAAAGAGAGAGGGGAAUUACGGUCAACGCGGCAGUUAUAACAUUUUUGUGGAAAAACCACUUGAUCAAUUUGGUCGAUACACCAGGACACGUGGACUUUACGGCCGAAGUUGAGCGCAGCUUGAAGGUGCUGGACGGCGCCGUGGCGAUUUUCGACGCUGUGGCCGGCGUUCAAGCGCAAACCGAGACCGUCUGGAGGCAGGCCAGCCGCCAAGGAAUCCCGAGAAUCGCCUACCUGAACAAGAUGGACAGAGAAGGCGCAACGCUGGAGAGGUGCCUGGAGUCGAUGAAGGAAAAACUCGACGUCAACCCCAUCGUUCUCCAAAAAUCCGUUGGACACUCCAAGAACUUCCGCGCCAUAGUCGACCUGGUGACGAUGCAGCUCGUGGAAUGGGACGACUCCACCCUGGGACAGCUCAUAACGAGGAAGUCAGUCUCAGCAUGCGGCUCCGAACAGCUCGAGCAGACCGCGAAAGACGCCAGAAGAGAACUCAUAGAAAAAAUCGCCUCUAUGGACGACGCCUUUAUGGAACACGUUUUCGCAGAAUCUCGAGAAAAAGACGUCGAAGCGACGCCCGAAGAGCUCAGAAAGGCCAUUCGCCGCGUGUCGCUCGCCGGGAGGGGCGUUCCGGUGCUGAUGGGCGCGUCGCUGAGGAACAUGGGCGUCCAGCCCCUCAUGGACGCGGUCGUGGAUUAUUUGCCCUCUCCAUUGGAUGUCGGCGUCGUUUCGGCUCAGUUCGCCCCUUCGUCGUCAAUCAAAAAAAAAAAAACCGCGUCCGUUCGCCCGUCCGCGCCGCGCGACGCCACGGAGGUCCGGGCCUCUCGCACGGUCCGGGACCUCGACGAGACGGACGCCCAGGGAGAGCCCGUUUGCGUUCCCUGCUGCGCGAAGUCCCCCCUCGUCGCACAGGUGUUCAAGCUCGUCCACGAUCAGCGCAUGAACUGCAUCGUCUCCUACAUCCGCGUCUAUUCCGGAGUGCUUUGUCCGGGUCAGAAGCUGCUCAACGUCAGUCAACACCAACAAGAACGAGUCACGCGGAUCAACCGAGUCUACGCGGACCAAUACCACGACGUCCACGAGCUUUCCGCCGGCGACAUCGGCGCCAUAUCAGGACUCAAGUCCACCUGUACGGGCGACACCCUCAUCGCGUUGAACCACCCUCAACCCGUCCUUCUACCCUCUAUCCACAUAUCCGAACCCGUCUUCAUCUCCAGCAUCCUGGCAGACUCCACGCACGAAGAAACCCCCCUCCGAGACGCCCUCAACUUCCUAGCGCUCGAAGACCCCAGCUUCCAUUGGUACAUCAACCAAGAAACCGGGCAAUGGACCAUCAAAUGCAUGGGUGAACUCCACCUUCAAGUUAUCAAAGAUCGCCUCGCUCGACACUACAAAGUCCACGCCACCAUCGGCAACGUCCAAAUCGCCUACAAAUCCACUCUCGACUCCCCCAUCUCCUCCCUCUUCAACGGCACAUACGUCGUAGCAGGCAAACCCGAACAAGUCGCCCUCGACGUCUCACUAACCCCCCUCGAAUCCGGAUCCGGCGCCAUCUUCGAAGUCAGUCCCACCUGCUUCUCCGACCACCUCAUAACCAAAAAAAAUGCAAACCGACAUCCUAGACACUCUCCGCAACGCCGCAAAAGACAUCAUAAGAAGCGGCACCAUCCCCGGAUACCCCAUCGUCGACACCCUCAUUCACGUCAAACAAGUCCACUACUCCCCCAUCGCACACCUCAACAGCUCAAACUCUGCCUCAUACAAGCCGUCUCCUCCCUCUCGAAACAAGCAGGCAUCUCUCUUUUGGAACCUAUCAUGCUCGUGGAAAUAACCGUCGACAACCAAUACAACGGCGCCCUCCUCACCAACCUCACCUUCAAAAAAAGAGCCACCAUCCAAACCAUAGAACACGGCGGCCCCAACAAAAAAAUCAUCCGCUGCCUCGUCCCACUCGCAGAACUACUCGGCUACUCCACCGAACUAAGAUCCAUCUCCAAAGGCACCGCCUCUUUCACCAUGGAAUUCAAGCAGUACAAAAAACUAACUCACAGCCAACAACAAAAAAUUUUGAACUAA